CCUGCGCCUUUUUCUGUUCAUAAGAACUUUUGAACUACACAGAACUACAAACCACAAAGAAACUUAAACAAGAAACUAAACAACACAACUACGCAACCUUUCCAUCUUCAAGUGACUUAAACUAACAAACCUCCAGAACUAGAAAGUAUUUUCUACAGUGUCUGUGGGUUUUUCUUUUAAAAAGAAACAAAAACCAAACUUAGAACCGAUUGUUUACAAUGAAAGACUUGUUACUCAACGCCAAUUCUAUAAACGCCAAUAAUGCCAACAACGCCAAUAAUGCCAAUGUCAACAUUUUAAAUCGGAACCUUCAUCAACUUGAUAUCGAUGAAGAUGACCAUGAUGACGUAUACAUCCAGGAAGAACCUGAUUUCGGAGUCAUGUUUGACAUUGAUGGAGUUCUUGCCAGAGGCACUGAACCAUUACAAGCUGCCGUUGAUGCUUUCAAGCUCUUAACUGAUGAAAACCACCAGUUACGUGUGCCUGUGGCAUUCGUCACAAAUGCCUGCAACCGCAGUGCUGACAAGGCUGCCCAAAUCCAAAGUUGGCUUGGUAUCGAUGUGACCCCUGACAUGGUGGUACAUUCACCAACCCCGUUGAAGAUCAUGGAAGAUUUGCAUGACAAACAUAUACUCCUGGUCGGUCAGGGACCUGUACGAGAUGUUGCUCUUGAACUUGGCUUCACAAACUACUGCCUUUUAGAUGACAUCACUGAUGCUUAUCCACUUUUGGACAUGGUAAACCAUGAAAACAGAAAAGCUGUUUCUCGUGGUUAUGUGGAGAAAGAUUUCCCUCCCGUUGAAGCUAUUAUCCUGCUCGGUGAACCUGUCAAAUGGGAAUCCUACUUGCAAAUAAUUGUUGACCUGUUGCUGACUGGUGGCAAACCUAACAAUGCAAUGAGUCCCAACAGUGAAGUUGAACAGAUUCCAGUCAUUGCCUGCAACAUGGACCUCACAUUUAUGCACAAAGCCAACAUGCCAAGAUUUGGUCACGGAGCAUUCCUGGUUUGCUUAGAAGCUCUUUACAAGAAAAUCACUGGGAAAGAACUAGAAUACAGCCGACUGGUUGGUAAACCUUGUGAGAUACAAUAUCGCUAUGGUGAACAUGUAGUGAACACUGUCAGAGAAAAGAUUGGAUUCACCACACCAAUCAAGAAGCUCUACUUUAUCGGAGACAAUCCUAAUGUUGAUGUUAUGGGUGCCAAUAUGUACAACAAUUACUUGAAAUCGAAAUACAGCCGGCGCCAAAGUGUUCCAGCAGCCACGUUGCCUUCAUCACGUGUCCUACCAAUUAACGACAAUCUCACUGAACAGACAGCCACCACCAUGUACAGUCUGUUGGUCAGCACUGGUGUAUACCGUCCGAGUAGCACUGAGACCACCACAACCAGCUCUACAACUGAUAAUGACCAGAAAGCUGUUUAUCAUGGACAUCGUGACAUUGAACGCAAACCUUCGUUGACCAGACCUACAAAAUUCUGCCGGGAUGUUUACGAUGCUGUAGAGUUUAUGAUGCAACAUGAAGGAAUGUUGGAGAUGUAUUCCUAAAGAGAAAAACAGAUAAUUUAUAUUUUUUUGUGUGGGAGGGUGGGGAACCCCCUUUUUUUUUUACAAAUACAAAAUGGAAAGGCAAAAGUAAAAUUUAACAAUAAGCAAAUACCAAAAAUUUUAUUAUGAUUUGAAUAUCAGAGUAAUAUUAUUUUAAAAAUUCAACCAUACAAUUUAAAACAAAAUGAAAAUUAUUUCAAAAUGAAAUUUAUUUAAAAAAUAUGUAAAAUA